AUGAAACUAGAGAAGAAUAGAAUAGACCAGAGGUGCAUGUCCGGAAGCUUGAGGAUGACCGCUGAGCAUCAGGAUGACAUAUAUAUACUCAGCUCUGUCAUAGACGUAGGGGACAUGGUGACAUCCACCACAACCCGCAAGAUUCAGAUUGAUGGGAAGACCCAGUAUAGAAUGUCACUUGUAUUGAAGAUAAAAAUAGAAAGCAUAAAUGUGGAUCUGGAGAGUUCUACAAUCUAUCUUAAAGGAAAAACCGUUCUAAUUAAUGAAUAUGUUAGGCUUGGGUCGUACCAUACCAUAGAUGUAACUCUUGGGCAAUCUUUUGAAUUGGAAAAAGAAGAGUGGCAGGAGAUGUCUAUAAAAUUACUCAAGGAGGCAGCAAAACCCCAGCCAGAAGUUGUUUUUAUAAUAUUCUACGAAAAGGAAUGUGUUGUGUCCAUGGUAACACGAAGCAAGAUCAGUGUAAUAUUGAAGCAGGAGACGAAAAGCAAGAAAUUCGGGAAUGUUAUUAAGGUAUUAGAGAAGUAUAUCGGAAAGGUCAGCUUAUUCGUGAUUGCAAGCAUAUUUGAAAUAAGGAAUGAGUUCUACAAAGCUGCCAUGGGGUCCAGAGAGUUGAAGAAGGCAUGUGGUAGUUUUUGUGUGAUCAAGGUUCCGCCAGAAUGUAGAGGCUGCUCGAAUUCAAAGGUAAUUAAUAUGGUACUUACCGAUAAAGAGCUCUCCAAGACUUUUCAGGGUGUCCAAUACAUUGAUGAUUUAAAAGAGAUAGACAACUUUUUUGUAAAGUUUGCAAAAGGCUCCGACCUGAUCUGUAUUGGAAUGGAAAGUAUUAGAGAAGCAAUGGAUUACGGUGCUCUUGACAAGCUGAUGAUCACUGACGAGAAGAUAAAGCCCAAUGAUGUUGAAGAAAGGAGGGAAAUGGAAGUGUUUUGCAAAGAGAUUCAGGCAAUGAAUUGUAAGAUAUCCAUUAUUCCUGUUGCACAUUUUUCAGGGGAGAGAUUAAAGGAGAUGGGAGGUAUUUGCGGAUUGUUAAAAUUCAAUUACAAGUGA